CCAAUCCCAUCGCCACAGCCAGUGCAAAUCUGAUCGAUCAAGAUAAUCGAGCAAAAUCCAUCAGAGUUCUAACAUUCGCGCGUGAAUUUCGAGGUUAAUUUUUGAAGCUUAGGAUCAAUGGCUUCCCACCAGGACCAGGCUAGCUACCGCGCCGGCGAGACCAAGGCCCACACCGAGGAGAAGGCGGGGCAGGUGAUGGGGGCGAGCAAGGACAAGGCGAGCGAGGCGAAGGACAGGGCGUCGGAGGCGGCGGGGCACGCCGCCGGCAAGGGGCAGGAUACCAAGGAGGCGACGAAGGAGAAGGCGCAGGCGGCGAAGGAGAGGGCGUCGGAGACGGCGCAGGCGGCGAAGGACAAGACCUCCAGCACGUCGCAGGCGGCGAGGGACAAAGCCGCCGAGAGCAAGGACCAGACCGGCGGCUUCCUCGGCGAGAAGACCGAGCAGGCCAAGCAGAAGGCCGCCGAGACCGCUGGCGCCGCCAAGCAGAAGACCGCCGAGACGGCGCAGUACACCAAGGACUCUGCCAUCGCCGGCAAGGACAAGACCGGCAGCGUCCUCCAACAGGCGAGUGAGCAGGUGAAGAGCACGGUGGUCGGCGCCAAGGACGCGGUGAUGAGCACGCUGGGGAUGACCGAAGACGAGGCCGGCACCGACGACGGCGCCAACAAGGACACCUCUGCCACCGCCGCCGCCACGGAGACGACGGCGAGGGAUCACUAGACGCCGUGAAUGAUUUCCCUUUGGGUCUAUUUAUGUAUGUUUUCACUUCAAAUUCGGUGCAAGUUUGAAUUUGUUUUUGUGUCGUUUUGAGUCUGUAUCGAUGCUGUAUGAAGUGGUGGUCGUCGCAGGGGAGGAUUUCUGACGGGUGUGGGUGAUGUGUACUGAUGAUGUUCAGUUGUUUUCGUCAGAGUUUCUCGUCUGUGUUCUGUUUAUUAUGGCGUAACAAUAAUAAAAGUUUGGGCCUAAAGCCCGCAUUUGUGGUUUAUCA